AGGCGAUGGGACCCAGCAGCGGAAAGUAGCAGUAAGCUGUGGCGUCAUCUGGAGCAGCACCUUACCGGUACUGUGCUGCCUCACCUGCCUCGCUCUGCGUUGUCCUCAGGCCCGGCCAUGGAGCGCCAGGUCCAACGGCUUCGCCAGGCGUUCCGGUCCGGCCGAUCGCGGCCGCUGAGCUUCCGAUUGCAGCAGCUCGAGGCCCUGCGGAGGAUGGUGCAAGAGCGCGAGAAGGACAUCCUAGUAGCCAUCGCGGCGGACUUGAGCAAAAGUGAACUCAAUGCAUACAGUCAUGAAGUCAUUACCAUCCUUGGGGAGAUUGAUUUUAUGCUGGGGAAUCUUCCGGAAUUGGCUUCUGCUCGACCGGCUAAGAAGAACAUGCUUACCAUGAUGGAUGAGGCCUAUGUCCAGCCAGAGCCUCUGGGAGUCGUCCUGAUUAUUGGAGCUUGGAACUACCCUUUCGUUCUGACCAUGCAGCCGCUGGUGGGAGCCAUUGCUGCAGGAAAUGCUGCCAUUGUUAAGCCCUCGGAACUCAGUGAAAACACCGCCAAGAUCUUGGCUGAACUCCUCCCUCAGUAUUUAGACCAGGACCUGUACGCGAUUAUUAAUGGCGGUGUUGAGGAAACCACGGAGCUUCUGAGGCAGCGGUUUGAUCACAUUCUCUACACAGGAAACACUGCAGUUGGAAAAAUUGUCAUGGAAGCUGCUGCCAAACAUCUGACCCCUGUGACCCUGGAACUCGGGGGGAAAAGCCCAUGUUACAUUGACAGAGACUGUGACCUGGACAUUGCUUGCAGACGCAUAACCUGGGGAAAGUACAUGAAUUGUGGUCAAACCUGCAUUGCUCCUGACUAUAUCCUGUGCGAAGCUUCCCUCCAGGAUCAAAUUGUACAGAAGAUUAAGGAUACCGUGAAGGACUUUUAUGGGGAAAAUGUAAAAGCUUCUCCUGACUAUGAAAGAAUCAUCAAUCUUCGUCAUUUUAAGAGGAUACAAAGUUUGCUUGAAGGACAGAAAAUAGCUUUCGGAGGGGAGACUGAUGAGGCUACACGCUACAUAGCCCCAACCAUACUUACUGAUGUUGAUCCUAACUCCAAGGUGAUGCAAGAAGAAAUUUUUGGACCAAUUCUUCCAAUAGUGUCUGUGAAAAAUGUAGACGAAGCCAUAAAUUUCAUAAAUGAUCGUGAGAAGCCCCUGGCACUCUACAUAUUUUCUCAUAACAAUAAGCUCAUCAAACGGGUGAUUGAUGAGACAUCCAGUGGUGGAGUGACAGGCAAUGAUGUCAUCAUGCACUUCACUGUUAAUUCCCUGCCCUUCGGAGGUGUGGGUGCCAGUGGAAUGGGGGCUUAUCAUGGGAAAUACAGUUUUGAUACCUUUUCCCAUCAGCGUCCCUGUUUGCUAAAAGGGUUAAAGGGAGAGAGUGUGAACAAGCUCAGGUACCCUCCCAACAGCGAGUCCAAGGUCAGCUGGGCUAAGUUCUUCCUGCUGAAGCAGUUCAACACAGGAAGGCUGAGGAUGCUGUUGCUUGUGUGCUUAAUUGCGGUCGCAGCUGUGAUUGUCAAGAAAUACCAAGCUGUGCCGAGGGGAAAAGCCAUGUUGGCUUCUCUGAUAGUUCAUAGACUGCGCUGGCCCAGUAAGCACUGAUGAUCAGACCUCAGCUGUCUGUUGAGAGUGAGGACCAACUGUAAUGACUUCCUCAUAGCCUCUACUGAACUACCUUCUACUAAAUGGUUAACAAACCAAUACUUUUAAAAUUGUACCCAAACCAGGAAAUUCACAGAUGUACUGCAAUCAAACCUAAGUUGUUGCCACAAACCGCUAAAGAAGCUCAGUGUUUGAACCAAAUCUCAGCAUUUGUCAGCAGUGCAGGUGCCGAGAGGAUGUAGACUGGGCUGCAGGAGAACACGUCAUGCUAGAUACCAGUCUGUGGCCAUGUGUCAGGGAGACUGGCUAAGCAUCUCUGUACCCCAGCCCAUAGCUCUGCCCACUCCAGUGUCAACACCGCCCAGGCUUUCCAGCUGUCCUCUGCUGUCUGGAUUGCUGAGGUUAGGUCUUCCCAGCUCCUGUUAGGGAUUGAGGUACUAAAACUGGGCAGGUGGGUAUGUCCACCUCAUCCACUGUGGCUUGAGACUGUCCUUCAGGAGUCGGCUCUCCAUCUAAACACCUUUUCUUAUUCAUAGAGCAUCAUCCAAAGUAUACAUGUUUGUGACAGUCCGUUGUGACUGUCCCAGUGCCUUUGUGAUGACCUAAACUACCCUGAGCCUCUUGCCAAGAAGCAGUGCUUUGUUUGUGAAUGCCACUCAUAGCCUCUUGCAGUCACAGCUGUUCCAGAGCCUGGGGCCAGAAGAUUCCUGAGCCCAGGAGUUUGAGGCCAACCUAGGCAACAUGAUGGGAACCCUCCCCCAUUCUCCAUAAAAAUCCCCUCAAGAUCCUCAAGUUGAAUGUUAUGUAGAUCUUCUAGGAUAAAUCUGCUUAUUUUUAUAGCACAAUGCAAGGACAUUUUACUUUUUAAAUCUUAGAGAGAUUUUUACAGAUCUUAAAGCAUGGAGCUGCUCCUGCGGUGAAGAGGGGGUUAUUAGACCCGAGGCUUCGGAACGCAGGGGACAGGGAUUGUUGGAGAAGACUGUGAGCUGAUGAGACACACUGAGGGGUUGGGAUGGCCCCGAGCAAGCGGGGCAUCAUUCUUGUCAGAUCCUAAUGUGGCCAAAGGGGGAUGUGGCAAAGAGAUCCCUGUGAAACUCAGCUUCCUGCUGCCAGGGCCUGGCUGGGCCUGAAGCUCCAAGCUACAGAGCCCUCACUGCCUUCCCGGGAUCCAAAUUAAGACUUGGCCCACUCAGUGAGAAUGUAACUUGUUUAUUGAAUGUACAACCAUGUUUGCUGAGUAAUCUGUUCUGCUGUUGAGGCAUCAACAAAUCAUUGGCCCGUUUAGCAAAUAGUUGCUUAAGUAGCAGUUGUCUAUGGAGUAAUCAUAAAAUAUUUUGCACAAAAUUUCAAUGUUAAUCUUACACUUACUGUUGUUAUAUUAAAUUAUAUAUCAUACCUUCUAGUUAAGCCAAAAUACUUACAUAUUCUACUGAUUUUCAAAAUAAAUGUAUUUCAUAAAUUAA